GCCUACGGGCAAUUUAGAGUCUCCAAUUAAUGCAUGUUUUUGGGAUGUGGGAGGAAACCGGAGUGCCCGGAGAAAACCCACGCAGGCACGGGGAGAACAUGCAAACUCCACACAGGCGGGGCCGGGGAUUGAACCCGGGUCAUCAGAACUGUGAGGCUGACGCUCUAACCAGUCGGCCAUCGUGCCGCCCCAAAAGAAAUCAGAACUAGCUAAUUUCUCAACCAUUAGGGGUGACUUUUUUGUCGACGUCAAUGCGUGUGCUAUUAUUACAAAACAUUUGAAAGAACAGCCCAAAAAAUAUUUUCUAUGAAAGGUUAUUACCAAUUCCCUUGUUGUGAUUGUGCAACAGUAUGCAGCACAAUGUGCAGAGAUUCUUGUUAUUUUCGUUUUCAUGCUGCCUACAGACACGGAAAUGCGCUGACCCCCCACUAUCUUUGCGUUGGCGUAGGCACGCGGCUCAAAGGGGAGCGUCGUAUCAGCCUAUUGCUCAUAUAUAUGUGUGCAUACUGUAUGUAUGACGUAAUUAUUCUUGCGAAAUUCCAAAUCCAAAUGUAGCCAUUCAAAAGCUCUUUUUUAUUUUCGAGGACGAAACCAGGCAUGAGUAAAAAAGCCGUUCGAACUUUUGUUUUAUUCUAUGUUAAAUUUGUUUAUUUAAAUCCCCCUGACUCCUCUUUUGUACUUCCUUUUGUUUUUAUGACUAUAUUGUCUGUUUGUUUUUGUUUUCUUGUAAAUUAGUCUUUCAAUAAAGGUUGUUUAAAAAACAUUCUGGGUAGCCGUUAAAGGUCCGGUUGUUUCCCGUACUUCCGGUUGGUCCGUAGCUGCUGCAGUCAGUUGAGUUCGCAGUUCGCACUUUGUUGAAAACAAUCGGGGAACCUGUGCGUCUCGGGUGCGUUCUGAACAUCUCCAAACAUUAACGGCGGCGGCUCGUCGCUAGUUUUGCCUUCCGCGAAGCGCACUUGACUUGUUUCCGUCGCUCCGCGUGGCUAACGGAGACGGCUAAGAUAAACGAAGCUAAGCGUGCUAACCGACGACCAUCUGGUGUUGGACGGAAUCUGCUCGUCUGUUUUCGUCUUCUGGUGAAAACGCCGAGAAGGGCUCUCCAACAUGGGCUCCAAUGGACGCUUUCAGUAACAGACCUAAGACGAGAAAAGCACGAGGAGAAGCCAUGCUGACUUAGAAUUGGCAGGCUGCAGUGACCUUUCACCCCUGCCCGUCGGCCUUCCUCCAGAGACCAUGUCUGAGAACCAGGCCAACAACAACAACGUCCCGCUCAACAACAAUAUCAAUAACAUGGGGCCCAACAGGAUCCGCAACCCCAACAUCAACCAGAACCCCCUCAUUAACGUUCGAGACCGCCUCUUCCACGCCCUCUUCUUCAAGAUGGCCGUCACCUAUGCCCGCCUCUUCCCGCCGUCGUUCAGGAGGGUCUUUGAGUUCUUCGUGCUGCUCAAGGCACUCUUCGUCCUCUUCAUCCUGGCCUACAUCCACAUCGCUUUCUCUCGCUCGCCCAUAAACUGCUUAGAGGGAGUGAGGGAGCGCUGGCCUCGUGACGGCAUCCUGCGCGUGGAGAUCCAGAGGAACUCCAGCCGGCCGCCCGUCUUCCUGCAGUUCUAUGACUCGGAGGAGGAGGGCGGUGGUGGCGGAGGAGCCAUUGCUGGUCUCAGUCUGGCAGCGCUGCAAGAGGAAGAAGACGACGAAGAUGAGGAGAUGAUGCAGGACAUGAUGGACAACAGCUCAGUGCAGUUUGAGCUGGACCUGGAGCCUCGUCUGAAGCCGUCUCUGAUUGGACGAGCGGGAGUAGUUGAGGGAGGAGCGGGAGGCGGGGCCAACGACAGUCAGGACGUUUCCUUCAGUCACAUCGCCAAAGGUAGGCUGUGGCAUAACAGGAAGCUCCGCCUCCCCGCCGCUCAUCAUCACGCUCGAUGCUUUCAUUUUGCAGCCUGGCCGCAGGAGGAGUACAUGGUGGAAUAUUCUCUGGAGUACGGCUUCCUCCGUCUGUCGCAGAGCACGCGGCAGAGACUCAAUAUCCCCAUCAUGGUCGUCACUCUUGAUCCCACCAAGGACGAGUGUUUCGGCGACACCUUCAGUCGCUUCCUGCUGGACGAGUUUUUAGGUUACGACGACAUUCUGAUGUCCAGCGUCAAGGCGCUGGCCGAGAACGAGGAGAACAAGGGCUUCCUCAGGAACGUGGUCUCCGGAGAACAUUACCGCUUUGUCAGCAUGUGGAUGGCCAGAACCUCAUACCUGGCCGCUUUUGUCAUCAUGGUCAUCUUUACUCUGUCCGUGUCCAUGCUGCUCAGAUAUUCGCACCACCAGAUCUUCGUCUUCAUUGUUGACCUCCUUCAGAUGUUGGAGAUGAACAUGACCAUCGCCUUCCCGGCAGCCCCCCUGCUCACAGUCAUCCUCGCCCUCGUCGGUAUGGAGGCCAUCAUGUCAGAAUUUUUCAACGAUACCACGACGGCCUUUUACAUCAUCCUCAUUGUGUGGUUGGCCGAUCAAUACGACGCCAUCUGCUGUCACACCAACACCAGCAAACGCCACUGGCUGAGGUUCUUCUAUUUGUACCACUUUGCCUUCUACGCAUAUCAUUACCGCUUCAACGGCCAGUACAGCAGCCUGGCGCUUGUCACUUCCUGGCUCUUCAUCCAGCACUCCAUGAUCUACUUCUUCCACCACUACGAGCUGCCCGCCAUCUUGCAACAGAUCCGCAUCCAGGAGAUGCUCCUGCACAACCAGCAGGCGGGGCAGGCCGACCACACGGCGCUACAGGACAGCCUCAACAACAACAACGCUGCCGGCGGACCUCCGCCAGAGCCCGCCAGAGCCGCCGCUCUCCAACCGCAGCUCGAAAGUCCGCCGGUCGCCUCCGCCGGCGAGGUGCGCUCGGAGCUCAACUGGGUGGCUCAGACAGCCGCCGUCAUCACAGAAGCGCUGGCGUCUUCCGGCCAAGAGGAGGCGGCAAACGCCGAAGGCGGCGAGCUGGCCGACUUCUGGGUGGGAGAAGGAGGGGCAGCCGGCGAGGGGGGAGGGGCGAGUGGAGGAAGAGAACCUUCGGUGGCGGCAGGAAGCGCCGUCACCCUAAUCUGCCCCCCCACCCAAACAGACUGCAAAGCGCAGCAGCAGAGCUCCUCCCACAUGUCCUGAGGCGACGCGAUGUCGUCCCCCAUCACACAAAGCGGAAGACAAUAAUCCAAAAUAAUCAAUUGGCUGCGCUGAAGAAGGCCUGAUUAAGCGCUUUCUGAAACAAGUCGCGUGACCUCGGCACCUAUGUGUAAUCAUGACUUGACGUGCUUUUAGUUUGAAUAAAACACAAAGUUGUUGUUUGCCUUCUGAA